AUGAGAGAAGCGAUACAUAUGUUGGCUUCAUGGCAGUAUAGAGCACUUCUCCUCUUGGUGAUUGUUACUGCAUGUAUUGCAGAAGAGCGGGAUAUAUAUUUGGUCCUUGUAGAAGGCGAGCCGGUUGCGUUUCAUCACAGUUCAGUGUCUACCGAAGAAGGAAGAAAACCUGAUCCUAGCAGUGAAGUUUCCAAGGCCCAUGCAAAACACUUGGUGGAUUCCCAUGACAAGCUUCUAGGGAGCACUUUAGACAAAGGAAGCUACAACAAGCUCUACAGCUUCAAACACAUUGUCAAUGGCUUUGCUGUCCACACUACCCCUUCUCAGGCUGAAAAAAUGAAAAACGCCACUGGAGUUAAGCUGGUAGAGAGAGAUAGGAGAGCCAAAAUAAUGACAAGUUACACCCCUGAAUUCCUAGGGUUACCAGAAGGAGCUUGGACAGAGGAAGGAGGAGAGAGAAAUGCAGGUGAAGGUAUUGUGAUUGGUUUUGUGGACACUGGGAUCAACCCAGUACACCCAAGCUUCUGUUAUGAUCCCACAAAUCCUUUCCAGUCAAAUCUUUCUCAUUUUUCUGGUGCAUGUGAGGAUGGUCCUCGAUUUCCUUGGAGUUCCUGCAAUGGUAAGAUUGUUUCCGCAAGGUUUUUCUCAGCCGGGGCUCAAGCAGUUGCUACUCUUAAUGCCUCUGUCGACUUUCUCUCACCUUUUGAUGCAGUUGGACAUGGCAGUCAUGUGGCAUCAACUGCCGCCGGAAAUUAUGGAGUCCCAGUGGUCGUCGAUGGCUUCUGCUAUGGACGAGCCAGUGGGAUGGCGCCACGAGCGAGAAUUGCUGUUUAUAAAGCUAUAUACCCGAGCUUGGGAACUUUAGCAGAUGUGGUGGCAGCAAUUGAUCAAGCAGUACUAGAUGGAGUUGAUAUCUUAUCACUGUCCAUUGGACCAGAUGAACCACCAGAAGAUACCAUCACUUUUCUGGGCACGUUUGACAUUUUCAUGUUAGGUGCACAGAAGGCCGGAGUUUUCGUGGUUCAAGCCGCCGGUAAUCAAGGGCCGGAUUACUCCUCCGUGGUGUCUUACAGCCCUUGGGCUAUCGGUGUAGCCGCUUGUCGCACAGAUAGAAGGUAUCCGGGUACUCUUAUUCUUGGCAAUGGUCAAACAAUUGAUGGUGUUGGAUUAUCAGGUAAAUAUAUUUUUAACACUUGA